AUGCGAUCAACCACAACGGCCAGGUGUUGGGCCGUCGUCGCUCUUCUUCGAUGGCACUACGAACCGUCCACGCGGCAAUGUCACCUCUUCGUUUUCCAUGGAUUCCAGGGUAAUCAGAACAAUUUUGAAAGCCUCGAAGAGUGCGAAUCUACCUGCAGAGAUGUGAACCCUUGUGAGGAAGGAAUCCCUGUGCCGUCAAUCGGAGACAACCUGAGUUGCUCUCCAUCCUUGCCGUUAUCGUGUCCAACUGGAAGCUUUUGCAAACUUCGUGGAAGUCAGGGAUUCUGCUGUCCAGAGCCGACGAAAACGAUAAAGCAUCCGGUUUCCGAUUCUGUAAGGCCAGGUUUCCUGAACUCCUUAUUUUUUCUCCUAUUCUCCGGUCAAUCACCCGUGGAUGAACUUUCAUGGUGGAUCUUUCACUAUAACUAUGGCAUGCCUUCAGAAUGUUUGCUGCCUCAAGAAGCCGGUUACGGUCUUGAAAGCAGUCACCGAUGGUCGUUUGACGCGACAACGUCAUUGUGCGUCUCGUUCAUCUAUAAUGGUUACGGUGGAAAUCAAAACAACUUUCUUUCAAGAAACGACUGUGAAACGGCA